ACCAGUUCACGGCCAAGGUUACCCCAUGUCUACUGCACAAAGUUUGCUGCAGUGGGUCGGCGCUGCCUUGCUGUGUGUGGCUGUGAUCGUGGUGGUCCGAACCGCCACCUUCCCUUCCUACCAGACGCGCCCACCGCCUUGUAACGCCACGGACCAAGACUUCAUCCCCGCCACCCGAGCCCGUCUGGACCGGCUCAGCCAGGCCGUCACCUUCCGCACCGUCUCGUACGAGCCGGGGCGAGGCACGCCCGAGGAGCUGCGGAAGUUCCUGGCCUUCCUCCGCGCCAGUUUCCCCGCACUGCACGCCUCCCCGCUCGUGACGAGAGAGGUGGUGGGCAACUUCAGCCUGCUGUACCGCGUGCAGGGCUCGGACCGCUCGCUGAAACCCGCGCUCCUGGCGGCCCAUCUGGACGUCGUGCCCGUGACGGAGGAACCUGGCUGGGAAGCCGAGCCGUUUUCCGGGCAGCAGAAGGACGGGUUUGUGUACGGCAGGGGGACCAUCGACUGCAAACAUAACGUCCUGGGGCAGCUGGAGGCGCUAGAGUUUCACCUGAACAGGGGUCAUCGACCCAGACGGGCUCUCUACCUCGCCUACGGACACGACGAGGAAGUCAGCGGCCACUACGGAGCGAGAAAAAUCGGAGAACUUCUGGAAGAACGCGGAGUGAAACCAGAGUUUAUCCUAGAUGAGGGUCUCACCGUAACCAAAGGGGUGGUUCCAGGGGUGGGCAAGAAAGUGGCGAUGGUUGCUAUUACAGAGAAGGGUUACGUCACGGUGAAGUUGAGUGUACGGGUGAAGGGAGGGCACGGGUCUAUGCCUGAGAAAGAGUCGGCUAUCGGCAUUCUGUCCCAGGCAGUCACCAACUUGGAGAGGAACCUCCAGCCGAACCUCUGGGGUUCCGGUCCCGAGCGGGACUUUGCCGAGCACCUGGCGACCGAAAUGAGCCUCCUGCCCCGCCUGCUCACGGCCAACCUGUGGCUCUUCACGCCCGUGGUGCGGUGGGUUCUGGCCCAGAAGCCCAGCACCAACGCCUUGUGCCGAACCACCACGGCCGUCACGCGCUUCAACGCCGGCAUCAAGGACAACGUCAUCGCUCCCGAGGCGGUCGCCAUCGUCAACCACCGAGUCCACCCCAAACAGACGAUCCAGGAGGUUCUAGAGCACAACCUCAAGGUCAUCGACGACCCCAGGGUGAAGAUGGAGGUGGUGGAGUCGUUAGUUCCCGCGCCAGUCUCUCCGAGCGGCCCGGAGUCGGCAGCGUACAUGGCGAUACAGGAAAGUAUCCAGCAGAUCUACCCAGACUCGCUGGUGGCUCCUUCUGUGCUGAUGGGAAACACAGACACGCGUCACUACUGGAACCUCACGAGCGCCAUCUACCGGUUCUCGCCGAACGUCAUGACCCCCGAAGAUCUCACGAGAUUUCACGGCGUGAACGAGAGGAUCUCCGUGCAGGACUACGAGAGGGUGAUGAACUUUUACUUCCACCUGAUGCGGAACGUGGACAAACCUUUGGUGGUGAGGAGGCACGAGCAUGACGGAGACUUGUGAGGGGUUCAGAUACUGAAGAUAAAUUUUACUGAGGCAGUAGCUAAGGACCU